AUGGGUAAUAGAUCUGCCUCCCAUAUUUUAGACGUUACAGAUCGUUUGUCACCCUUGAUAGUCAUAGCCCUGCUGCUCUCUCUUAUAAUCCUUCUAAAAGCCUGUGUUAAUUACACAUGCAAUAGGAGAAGUUCUACUUCUACUAGAGGCGGUGUAUUAAGAGAAAUUCCUCUAAGCAUACGUGCCACAGGUUUGGAUAAAGAAAGCAUAGAUGCCCUGCCAAUGUUUGUGUACAAAUCACAGAGUUCUAAGGAAGAACAUGAAUGUGCAGUUUGUUUGUCUCAAUUUGAAGAGAGUGAGAAAGUCCGCAUGUUAACAAACUGUGAUCAUGUGUUUCAUACUGAAUGUAUUGAUAUGUGGUUUUAUUCUCAUACUACCUGCCCUCUCUGUAGAACCAACGUGCAACCAAAAGAUUCUCGAAAAGUAGAGAGUUAUGGAUCUUCUGGUGAAGCAAUUGGGACAGAUAACUCAUUGAUGGAAGAACCCAUUUCCUCAAGAAUUGAUUCUGAAACAAAUGGAAUGGCUGCUCAUGGGAAUCUUCCAAGAGGUGAGAGAAGCUCUAAUGCAAUGCAACAUGAGAACCAAGCAAGUGUAUUUCUGUUGAUAGGACAGAAUGAGUCGAUUCAAGAGACUUCAGGUGGAAGAUCAUUUCCUCAGAUUGCUAUAGACAUUACGCCUCUCUAG